ACUUCACACGCGCAACGCAACCAUGUCGGGACCGAGUGACAAGGCGCGCUUCUUUCUCGAGCAGUCGGCCGAGGAGCUCAACGAUCUCGAGCGAAAACAGAUUUUCUCACGAGAAGAGAUCAGCUCGAUAGCAAGAAAACGCUCGGAUUUCGAGCACAUCGUCAAUGCUCGCGGCUCACACCCCUCCGACUGGCUGCGCUACAUCGAGUUCGAGAAGAAUGUAAACGCGUUGCGGCGGAAGCGCAUAAAGAGACUGGGUGUGAAAUACCGUGGCAGCGGCCAGCGGACGAUCUAUUCCCUCUACAACCGCGGCACGAGGAAAUUCGUGGGCGACUUGGGACUCUGGAUGCAAUACAUCGAAUUCGCGCGCAAGGACAAGGCUUACAAGAGACUAAAUGAGAUCUUCACCCAGGUUGUGCGCCUGCACCCCACCAAGCCGGAACUGUGGAUCUAUGCUGCAAACUAUUUCAUGGAAAGCCAGGCAGAUAUUACAGACGCGCGAAGCUACAUGCAGCGAGGGCUUCGGUUUUGCAAGAACUCUGAGCAGCUGUGGAUAGAGUACGCCAAGUUGGAGACGAUUUACAUCGGAAAAAUAGCAGGACGGAGAAAGAUAUUAGGGUUGGACAUGGAUCGCACGAAGAAGCAAGAAGACCAGGAUGACGAGGACAUGAUCGCUCUGCCCGAAGUAACGGCCGAAGAUGUCAACCCUAGCCUGAAGGACGAUGGCGUGGACGAGGUGGCCUUGCAAAACCUCGCCUCUGCACCGAUCUUGACAGGAGCUAUACCCAUAGCAGUGUUUGACUCAGCAAUGAAGCAGUUCGACGGCAAAGCCACAGUUGCAGAGAGAUUCUUCGACAUGUUUGUCGAGUUCGAUCAGGUACCCAGCGUCACGCGCAUCCUGCAGCAUGUCGAGGGCUUCAUGCGUUCAAAUGCUGCGGAGACGGUCCAGGCCGCCGCGUGCGCUUUCCGUUUACCGUUCUUCGGAUUACACCCGGCAUCUCCCGAGUUCCCGACGGUGCUCGCAGGUGCUCUAGAUACGCUCAACGCUGCCAUUGCGCAACACCCGAGCCAUAAGCGCCACUUGUCCAGCAUCACCAUCCGACAGAUCUUGCAAUCCUUUCGGGUUGCGCAGGACAUGGACCCAGUGGUCAGGAAGGUCUUGUCUUCGCAGUUGCGAAAGUUCACUGGGUUUCUAGAGGAGACGGGCGACGGCAGUGGUGAUAGUGUUUCUUCACUGGCGGAGGCAUUGAAACGAGAAGGAAAAAAAGAAGAUGCAAGAUAUUUGGUACAAUCAAGCCUAAAGCGACUGGGCACUAACGAACGCCUGCAGCAGCUCCAUGCUGCCUUGAACACCUGAGUGCGGCAGAGUCAGUGCGCCACAUCACCGUCAAUCCUUCGGUGGUCAGGUGACUACGUUGACAGCUGUCAAGAUUACUUUCGGAGGUAGCAGCGAUUUGGUGUCUUCAAGACCAUGAUACGAAGCGGAACCUGCAUAAUGAGACGCAGGGUCGACGGAUGGCCUAUUCAAUCGUCGCCACGACCUCUUCGCGAGCUCUUCUUGGCACUAUGCUGCUUCUUAGUCUUGAUCCGCCGUUCGUUGUCAGACUUUUGUCUGCUACGUGUUAGCUGGAUUUCUAGGUAUUUUCAUGGCAUCACGAGGCCUACAAAUCCUUGACGCGUUUCGCCUGUUCGGCCGACGUCUCGCCGGGAAUGGCAGCGUGGCCCGCCUCGACAAUGGCUUCAUAGAGCCUCUUGUAGCAGCUGUGGGCAU